AUGGAUGAUGUGUUGAUGGACUGGCUGAAUGAGACUUGCCGACAACGAUUCGAUCUACAACUUGAUGAGAGCACCCUUUCGAUAAUUUGGUCAAAUAUCGUUGGUGCUCUCUCGGUCGGUGCCAUUCUUGGAGCUCUUUUGAUUAGACCUCUUUCCGAGAAUUGUGGCCGUAAAGGAGGUCUUCUCAUCAAUGGAGUUUUCAAUAUGAUUGCGGCAGAGAUUAUGUAUUUGGCGAAACCGAGGGGUCUCCCAGAACUCUUGGUGAUCGGCCGCUUGUUCCUUGGGGUAAACAUUGGCAUCACUUCUGGAAUUGUUCCGCUUUACAUUCAAGAGAUCACUCCACAAAAGCAUCAAGGUGCUGCCGAGGCUUUGCAUUUGAUAGCUUCGGCUUUCUCAAAUGUUCUCUCCUUAUUGAUUGGACUCCCGGAGAUCUUUGGAAAUGAGGAGAAUUGGGAAUUGGCCUUAGCUGUGCCCGGUUUUCUGGCCUUUGCCUUGUGCCUCUACCUCCCAUUUUGUCCGGAGUCACCAAAGUACUUGCUGGUAAGCAAAGAAGAUCCUGCUGCAACACUCGAAGCUUUGAAUGAACUUUAUGGAAAACAGCAAGCAUCUAUCGAAUAUCUUAAGUUACUUGAUGAAACUAAGGAGAAAAUGUACCAAACUGAAAAAGGCUCAUUCCGGGAUCUCUUCGAGAAUGAAUCGCUCCGUUCCUCGGCAAUCAUUGCGAUUUUGGUGAUGUCUGCGAACCAAUUCAACGGCCUCUCCGUGGUGAUGUCCUAUUCAACAAAUAUGUUCACAAACGCCCGACUUGAGCCCUGGCUGGCCAAAUACGGGACUCUCGGUCGUUUCACCUCACUUUUCGCAUUACUUUGCUUCACUGCUUUCACAGCAAUUCAACAGUAUGGAGAGCAACUCUGGGCAGCCUACGGAACGAUCUUUGCCCUUUUGUUGUACAUGUUCCUUUUCGGAAUCGCUUCCCCACUACCAUGGGUGAUUAAUCUAGAGCUUUUCAGCCCAAAAUACCGCUCCACUGCAAUGAGCCUUUCGGUGUUUGUCGUUUACGGCCUCUCUUUCCUCGUCACUUCUUUAUAUUUACCGUUUCAAAAUCUAGUCGGCUCAACCCUCAGCUAUCUCCCCUUCAUUUUUCUCAGCGCCAUCACAACUUUAAUUCUCUUCUUUUAUUUACCAGAAACCCGCAAAACGGAAAUCGAUCAAAAAGCGCUAAUCAUUUCUGCUGUAUCAAGAACGAUCAGUGAAGGGAUU